CUUGACAUACAGAGAGAAAGAAAGAGAGAGAGAGAGAGAGAGAGAGAGAGAGGGAGGGAGGGAGGGAGACACACAGAGAGAAAGGUGCAGCAGGAACAGGUAUGUGGCACCUCGACACACCUGUGAUGUGAAAACCGCUUUGCUACUGGUUACAGGAGAGGAACCUACUCAUUUUGCCACAGAGAUCUACUCCAUCCCACCCCUUCUUCAUGUUGGUCUUUGCCCACAACAGCUGAACGUACGAUCUGGUGGUGGAACAAAGUUUAGAAGCCCAAGAGAGCAGGGCUGACAAGUCCUUCUCUGUUCACCAUGGCAGAAAACAAUUAUAGCUGGUGGAAGCUGACCUUCCUCCGGAAGAAGAAAUCCACUCCCAAGGUGCUGUAUGAAAGCCCUGACAUCUAUCCUGUUGCUAAUAAUGAAAACCAACAAGAAGGGAUUCGAGCAGAUGGUAGCAGCGACGCAAACCAUCAGCAGGAAUUCAAUGCCCGGCUGGAGAAGAUUGUGGACAAAAGCACCAAAGGAAAACACGUCAAAGUCUCCAAUUCUGGGCGCUUCAAGGAAAAGAAGAAAAGGGCCACGCUGUCAGAAAACCCCAACUUUUUUGCUGACAAUGACCGGGAUGAGAAAUGAUGGGCGAAUGAAGGAGGUGCCCAUUAUAUACCCUUGGUGGUUAUUUGAAGACGCUUCUCUGACCCUGAGAAGCCGACUGUGAAUCAAUUCCAUUACAUUUGCAAAUGAAGUUAACGAGAGGCCUGUCUGGGGCUCCAGGAUUAGGUCCCGAUUUUCACAUGAAGAGUGGCGGUUCGGGGGGAAUGAACUUUAUUAUUGUUAUUGUUCUUUAUUUUUUAAUUUAAGGAAUAAAAAGAAUAUUUACAUGAAAUGCAAACCUGCUGCAUAGUCAGCAGCGGAAAAACGAAAAGCAGAAUGCAUGAGAGGACAUAUGCAGAACUGCUUCAUAUUAACGCUGCCAGACUAGAUGGCUGGUCACUCAUCUUGGGUCACAAAUGCUGGGAAGUGGCACCAAGAGGGAUAAAGUGGUGUGCUAUAGAGCCACCUUUGUCCUCCCUCUCCUUUCUAUAAAAUACUUUAAUAAAGGUAGGGUGUUUGUGCAACAGAAAGCUGGGCCAAGACAAUUUGCCACGUGAAGCUAUCUCCCUUCCUUGACCCCAGCACUCCAAGUCAAAUCAAGUUCCAUAGUUCCAAAGCCAAUCAAAUCCAUAGCUUCUGCCUUUCCCUGUUUGGCACGAAAGGUGUCAAUUAAUCCUCUUUCACCCCACGUUUUCAGAUUAUUUUUUAAAUGCCCAGUUUUGCCUCCUCCUGCUCCCAUUUCUCCCCUUUGUCCUCAGCUUCUUUCAAUGGUUACAAACUGACUCCAAAGUGAAAAAACAAUUUCCACUCAACUAAUUCAGCAGGAUGAGAGGAGACGGUGGAACCUAACAUUUCCCUAUAAGUUCUGGAAAAAUGAUGCAGCCUUUCCUAGCUUGUGUAUUCCUCCUAAUUUAUAUCAUUUGCUAUUUUGACCGUACUCUGAUUUGCUCGACAAGAAGCGUCCUGAUUUUCAUCUGCUAAAUAUUGGAAGUAAUGGAUGUUGUUCUUAGAGAUUAACAGGGAUGUAUAUGAAGUACAUAGUGUGUAACCAGCUACAAAGCAAUCCAUAAUAUCUGUAUAAUGUGCCCCACAUAACUCUGUUCAUUCAUCAUGAUUCCCACCAAGUUUGACUACAAAAUUCGUUCUUUUUGUUCCCUUCAUUUGGGAUCUUAUGCUUCUUGCCUUCUUGUGCCUCCUCAAGGGCUUUCAUAAAGGGAAUCAGGGUGUUGCUUGGUACGGGGCACCAGAAAGCAGGACCAAUGUUGUCGUUUGAGAUGGAACACUAAGUGACAUUCCUACUGCCUCAAGUUAGGGUCUGUAGUAUCCAGAGCAAGCCAAGUUGUUUUGGCACAUGAGGAUGAAUGUCCAAAAAGCACUUCUCCCCAAUCCUGGCAGCAAAAAUACAAUAUGAUAAUAUGCAAUACAGAAAGGCAACAAUUUGAUACCCUUGCAUGACACCCAUAAUCUGCCUAUUGGUGGGGCUGACUCAUAAGUAACAACCAAAAUCCUUUCCUCGGGGUGGGAUUUGUUCAUGCUGGCCAAAAUAGCUGUACUCUGGAGAUGAGAAAUUGUUUCUCUCCAGCCCAAACCGAACAUUAAACCUAAAGGGGGGAAGGAUUUUCCAGGGCUCACUGGUUUUAAAUAAUCAGGGACCUCUUAUUCUUAAUGCGGCAUAUUUUUGUGGCCCAGAGGACAGGAUUAAUUUUGGGGACAAGGAAAGAAGUGUUGGUGGCGGGUGGAUGCCCCUUCCAUGUAAAGGGGAACUAGACUAAAGUGAGGACAGGGAUGUAUAGCCAACUUUCUGGAGUACAAUUGCUAUUAAGUAUUACCAAUGACUCUACUGGUUAUGGCUACUACUAAUGGGAGUUGCACUUCAAAAGCAUAUGGAAGGUCAUGCAUUUCUUAAGCCUGGACUAGAGGAUAUUUUGAGUCCGUAUUUCUGGUUAAAUCCUAUUUAAAUACAUGAGUACAGGGGUCUUGAAUUAUAUCCUGAGGUUCCGGCCUAAAGCUUCACUCAGAUGGUGGCAAACUUUUGUAUUAGUUCUGAUUCCCAUCCAUUAAAGUGCAGGAAAUAUCUGAUAAA